UGCCCUACGUGUUGCUGUAACAGACGUUGUUGUUUAUGAAAUCGUGUUUUUGAAUCUCUUUUAGUGGCGAGUCUUAUUUUGAAAUCAGCUGGCUUUGUUAGCUUAGCUAGCUCGACGGACGCAGCCGAAUCUCAACCCGUUUUCUCUGAGGUAUUAUCACUCGGCGUAUUUGACAAAAACUCGAAAUUAAAUCAAUUUGUGCCGAAGCUUGGACAGAAAACAGUUAAGGCAUGUUGCUGCUGGUUAACUUUAGCAUUUCUCGGCGGCUUGAAGCAGAGCAGCAGGAGAAAACAGCCGUCCACUGAGAAUAUUUAAAGGGUCCAGUAUGCCGAAGGAAGAGCCCCGCUUGAGUGAGCACAGUCCUUGUGCUACGUCCAGCAAGAAUGCUAAAGAUAAGAGCAACAGUUCAACUCUUCUGGCGCUUCGUGGGACUAAAGACUCGGACGAUUCCAGCAGAAGAGGCUCCCGCUGCAGCUCAGAGAAAGACUCUGGCUAUUCUGAUGGUUCAGACUGGCAACAGACAGAUGUGGAGGGCCAGCGGAGGAACAAAAGCCCAUCCAGAGUUGGUGAACACGCAGAAACUUCGCAACCAGGCCAAAAUCAAGAAGUUGGGCAUAGGAAUACUGGGAAGCCUGCACUGACAACAAAAGGCCAUGACCAGCCACCCGUAUGCAACAUCAAGGACACAGAGUUUCAGCAGCAGCCAGGCGUGAUCCAGAGAAGAGAUCAGCUGCUCUGGAGAAACGGUAUGAGGGAGAUCAGCAGUUCUGGUUCUCCUCAUGUGGUCCUGUUACAGCAGCCUACCUUGUUACCAGUCGCCGUCCAUCUCCACAAGCCUUUCUCCCGGAAGUCCAACAUCACAGGGAAGAAAGUAAAUAGUACCUACCUGCCUAUUCUUAAUUCCUAUCCCCGCAUUGCGCCACAUUCCAGCAAGAAGCCGCCUGAUAAAUCGUCAUCGAAACAUGAAAGCCAGAAUCUGAGCAAGAGGGUGUGCACAGAACAAAACAGCGAUGACACACCUGUGACCACGGGUUUACCCGAGCAACACCUUCAUAAACAACCAAAAUUCUCCCCUUCUGGACUCCCAUGUUCCUCUUCAACCAGAGAUAAUCUGUCCUCCUCCAGCCCCACUAACGCUUCCACCAGUCAGGGCUCACCAUCCAUGUCCAGUCUGCACACCAACCCCUUCUUAAUCUCAGCCAGAGGACUUCAUAAAAACAGUGGUGCUAGUUUUCGCCAACGCCGUUUCCUCAACACAUUAGAAAUCCUUAGACAGUCGGGUCUGUUGGACAUAACGUUGCACACAAAGGAGCUGCUGCGCCAAAACACCACCACAGAGCGGGACAUUGCUCAGCUGCGUCAGCACACAGAGCUGCUGUGCCAGGCCGCCAGCAGCCCCAGCCUCAACCAGAAUGACAGGACGACCUGGGAGCAUGUAUAUCGAGUCAUGGCCGAGUCCGGCAGCUACCCCGACCUGAAAAUCCAGCAGGAUUUUCUAAACCCAUCUUCUCCAGAUUCUAUCACCCAACCAGAGAGUUUUUCCACAGGUGACACCAACAAGCUACAAGCUGCUGAGAGCACAGAGGCGCCGUCGUCCGGCCUUCUCACCACCAGACCAGACCAGAGCUGUGCUGUAUCACCGCAACCUCACCCAGAAAACAGCAGGGAGCUUGAAACCCGUGGUAAAACCUCGGGCAAAGUCACCAUUAUGCCUCCUGACAGUUCUACAGGUUAGCACAGUCUGCAGGGCCUUAAACAGAGAGCUAGUCACUGCUGCCCUGAAGACGUCCAGUAGGUGUUUUGGGAUAUCGUGUGGUUUUGACAUUUUAUCCUCGAUUGUUUAAGGCCAGUGUUAUCAAGAUUGUGCAAGUUAAUGGAAAGCCAGCAAUGACUGCCUGCACACGUCACAGUUUUGUUUGAAGGUUUGGUUCGACGUCUGAAAGCUGAUCCCUAAUUUAUGAGUGCAAUUCAGUCCUGAGGCGCCAUCUUAUAGUAACACUGCAGACCUUAUAGAGCCACACAGAUGAGAGGAGGAUCUCUGCUGGUGAGUCACUUCAAGGUGCAAUGCAUUUACCCUAGAAGAUGAGGGAAAUUGACUUCCACACAGGCUGCGCACAAUGGAGGAAUGACGCCUGCAUUAUAUAUUAUCAGUUCACUUCAGUUGUUGUGCUGCCAUAUCAGACCAACCACAUUCAGGGAAAAAAAUGAAUAAAUCCACCUUCUGGUAAAUGGUGAGGAAAUGGUUUCUUUUCUGAGAGCCAGCCGUCCAAACACACGUGCCUUAAAAAAACAACACAGAUGAAGCUAAAGGCUCCUGGACAGUGGACACUGGAAGGAAACUGGUAGCAUCUGAGGCACAACUGAGAGCUUAAUGUUCCAGAGAAAGUCUCUCUGUUACAUCACAACCUGCACUACACUGGACUGCUGCUAGGAUCUAAAUGCUUUUCAGCAAAGCCUUACAAAGUAUUUUCAUUUGACAGUAUUUUGCCACUGAAUAUCACCAUCACAGGCUGUUUUAAUCCUGUAUUGAUGAUGUUCAACAACAAAGUAUUUCAGCCAAAGACUAUGAAUUUAAUGCAACGUCUCCAAAAUGAUCAGUUAUACUGUAUUCUGUCAUGCAGCUGCUUUGUUGCCCAUUUUCACUUUGAUGACAUUUUCUAACUGUUCUUGUUAUGUGGUUGUUUGUUUUGGUUGUAGAUGGCAUUGAGUUUGAAAGUUUUAUAGUGCAAGUAUAUAAGUAUAUUGACACAAUGGAUUUAUGCAUGUGGCAUGUGUAUGUUCUUCUUCUGUUUUUUUUGUGUUUGUGCAUAGGACAGACAGCACUGCCAGCAAUGCACACAUACGUGAAAUUUAAAGUGGUUUAUACGGUGUAUUUUUCAUAAUUUUAAGCUAUUUAAAUAAAGCGAUGUGUGCAAAAAGA